UUUUUGUUUUUCUUUCUUUGAUUUAAGAAGCAUAAACCCUAGAAACGGUAAUUGUUUUGGUCUUCUUGGAUUUUUGAGUUCGAGAAGAUUUUUGGGUGUCUGCAGUCUUGAAUUCUUGAGUAGUUUGUUCUUUCAUUUGGUUGUUUUGAGCACCGUUUGGAUGCCGAGAACGUGGAGGAGAAAUCCGAGGAACUUAUUUUGUUGGGUUCAAGAAAUUGAGAAAACGUCCAUUUUAGUCAGUCAGGUGGUUGUGUUAGGUGCAGUUGAGUGGUGGCUUUUGUUUUCUUGGGUCUUAACUCUGAAAGUGAUUGGAAUUUGAAAUUCUAGUCUGUUGUUUUUGGGGUUCUGUGAUGUGCGUGUUGAUCAAGGGUUUUGGAUGUUGCUCCAGGAAAAAGUUGAACUGAAUUGGGACAAGAUGGAUGAGAAUGAUGUUUCCAUGGAAAUCCAAGAAAUUUCUUUGGAUCAUAACCAGAGACUUCCAGUUUCUGAGAAAAUUGAUGAGUUGAGCACAGCCUAACCAUAAUCUUUAGAUGCUGAGAAAGCUCAGAUUAGGGCGACCUAAGAGAAAAUUUUGAAUCUUAUAUUUUACAUAAUUUAGGUUUGUCAAAAAAUCUGAACAACACAUUUUAAGUAAGCAGAGUAAUGCAAAAUUGAAGAUUCAGAAUUUUACUUCUCUUUUCCUGCCUUUUCUUAGCAACCAAUCAGAACCUGGACGUUUUGUGUCAUAAGAAAGUUCAUCUUCAUUUAUUUGUCAUCGACUUUAAAUCUUCAUGUGACAGACUGUGAAGGGGCACACAAUUUUAUGUAAUGAAGUGAAGAGCAUUAAUGCAGAUUCCUUUCCCGGGCCUGAAGUUUACGAUGCUUUUCUGUUUCUCGGUAUUGCGUAUGAAAAUUUGUAGAAGAAACAUUUGAAAGAGAGUUAGCUUCUGAGGAAGAAGUACCUUGAAGAGUGCUUGGAACAGAAGCGGCUGCACAAUGAAGUUAUUUAACUCAAAGGCAACAUCAGGGUCUUCUGCAGAUGUAGACCCUUAAAUCAAGCUGAAAUGGCUAAUGGAUCUACUUCUAUAGUUGAUUUUGAGUCAUCUCGAGAAAAUGAGCUUCAAAUCAUUUGCUCUGAUUCUUCAAAGAAGCAAUUUAAGUUCGACCAUGUGUUCAGGCCUGGGAGUGACCAAGAGGCUGUUUUUGCACAAACUUCACCAAUUGUGACUUCCAUGCUGGAUGGGUACAAUGUCUGUAUAUUUGCCUUAAUCCCCUUGAACUUUGAAAGAAAUAGAAGGUUGGUGACUAUCCUGAACGUGAUCUCUUUGAGGAAGAUGAAAUAUAGUCAGAUCGUAAAGAGGGGAGUAUCACGGUCUGCACUGCAAAUUCCAUAAUCCUUUAAGGAUUCUGAAAUAGCCUUACUUCAUUCAUGUCUGUUAUAAUUUUUGAUACUCCCAAGGGUUUGGAAAUGAUGUGUUUAAACAGUUGUUUGAUAUUGUGACAGAAGAAAUGAAAUUCUCAAGUUAAGAGUGUGCAA